GUCAACUUAAAGAAUGAGUUUGUUUAUUUCUCUAAAUGUUUACUAUUAGAUGACUUCUGUUUAGACAUGACUCCCAGAAAUCCUACUCACAUGAAGAAACAUCCAGACAUGCCCAAGCAGCCCCUGACUCCUUACCUUCGCUUCUUCAAGGAGAAGCGGCCCUUGUAUUCCCAAAUGCACCCCAAACUCAACAACAAGGAGCUGACCAAGUUCAUGUCUGAGAAAUACAAGGAGCUCCCAGAGGAGAUGAAACUGAAAUAUAUUCAAGAUUUUCAGAAGGAGAAAAAGGAGUUUCAGGAGAAACUGGUUCAGUUCAAGAUAGACCACCCUGAGCUAGUGCAGAACUCCAAGCCAUCUGUUGUCUACAAAAGGAACCCAAACAGAGCCCCCAGGAAAUUUCAGAGAAAAGGGAAAGUAGUGAAGUCUUCCCCCAAAAACUAUUUUUCUGAGUUUAAAUUCCAUGGAGAGCCCAAGAAGCCCCCCAUGAAUGAAUUCCAGAAGUUCCACCAGGAUUUGUGGUGGAGUAGGGAGCUGCAAGGCCUGCCCCAGAGGGAGCGCAUGAUGGAGAUUAGCAGACGCUGGCAGCACACCCCAAGGAGCCAGAAGGAGCAUUAUAGGAAGCAGGCUGAGGAGCUGCAGAAACAGUACAAGGUGGACCUGGAGCACUGGCUUAAGAGUCUAUCUCCUAAAGAGUACGCUGCCUACAGAGAGAGAACCUCUGGGAAGCGUAAGAACAUGAGCAUGCGUGGAGGGCCGGACCCCAAGAUCAUCAGGACAGAUGUGCAGUCUCCACCAGCACGGCCUCUGCCAGGAGGGCUUGCACAGGAGCAGGGACCACAGGCUCCCAGGAUGGCAUCUUCAGAGACAAAGAGGGACUGUUCUCAUUGCUCCCGGGGAUCUGAAGAAAAGAAGGAACAUGGGGGAAAGGCAGAAAGCAGCAGCUCCUCAGACACCAGCAGUAGCGAUGAAGAGGCCAGCAGCUCCAGCUCAUCGUCCUCGUGGGACACCUCUGACUCAGACUCCUACUGA